UUUUUUGUAUGACGUCGUCUCUCGGCGUACCCCAGGUAUUAUCAGAAAAUAAAUAAUCAACAAUUAACUUUUUCCUUCUCUACCAUGCAAACUCUUCGUCGACUCGCCUACUGUACACCGCGUUGUUCGCGCCAGUUUCGACAUUUCAGUGAUGGCCCGUCAUCGUCAAGCAUUCCGUGGUUCGUCGACCAAGAGGCAUCUGUGCCGAAGCCACAGUUGUCUAGUUCUGCUCCGCCCAUCCCAUCCGAUGCUCCAGAGCCCGUGAAAGAGCUCUACUCAAAGCUUGCGCCUUUGCCUCAUCUCGAUUCAUCCUUUUUGACUGUGGAGAGACCCAAAUUGCCCAUUCCGGGGCCGCCUCUUCCUUACCGGUUACCCCAAGGACGGAGGAGACGCGGAGGAACAAAUGCUGGCGAGUCUGCGUAUGAUAUGCCUUAUGGUCUUUGGAGUUGGAUUGUCAUUGCUCAGGUGAAGGAGGGAACAGAGAACAGAGGUGCAAUCGAAUCGGUUGUUCGUGUCGUAAGAAAAACAUUGCUUGAAGUUAAACCUCCGCUACCCAUACCGCCAAAUCUCAAGGGAAGAAUGCUGAACGAAUGGGCCAUGAUAGAUGCUGGUGACUUCGCUGUCCAUGUACUGAGCCAGACCGUUCGAGAACGAUACUUCUCGAACGCGGAUAAACCAUAUUACCACCUUUAAUUUAUUUCUUUUGCGGUCGCCUGACUAUCGAUGCGUCAUAUGUGCGUCAGCCCAGGCGUCAUGUUCCGCUGAGGUCCUAUAUAGAGGCCUCCGCAAGACAAUUUUGGG